AUGAGUGAACCAAUACCAAUGAGUUUAAGUGUACCAACACAAGGAACCCAAGAAUGUGAUGGUAUCGAAUAUAGUUCAGCAGAUGAUGAUGAUUCUAAUCGUCGAUUGAAUGUAUGGGGUCGAUUAUUAUCAAUAAAUAACCUUUUUCCAUCAAUUGAUUUAAUAGAUAAUGAAUAUACAGUAGGUCGUGGUAAAACAUGUACAAUAAUAUUAAAUUCAAAUGAACUUCAAACAUCAAAAUAUUUUCUUGCUUAUUCAUCAAAACAUUUUCAAAUUAUUCGUGAUGAAACAAAAAAAUAUGUUUAUAUUAUUGAUUUAUCAUCCAAUGGAACAUAUAUAAAUGGAGAAAAAAUUGCAUCAAAAACACAUCGAGCCUAUGUUUAUAUUGAUUCAAAUACUCAUGAAGAUUUAUCAAUUCCAGCAACUGUUAGAAAUAAAUAUAUUGUUUCUAGAGAAAUUGGACGUGGAGCUUAUGGUGAAGUCAAAUUAUGCUUCACUCGAGGUACAUGUGAUCGUUUUGCAAUGAAAAUUAUUAGAAAAAAACAUUUUACACAUUUUGGUCCACAAGCUCAUAUAUUCAAUCAAAAUAUAAAAAAUGAAUGUUCAAUUUUACAAGGAUUAAAUCAUCCAUGUAUAAUUCGUAUAUAUGAUGUUCAUGAUACACCUGAUGCACUUUAUAUUAUUCUUGAAUUUGUUGAUGGUGGAGAAUUAUUUGAUCGCAUAGUUGCAAAUGGACAAUUUGAUGAAACAACAAGUAAAUUUCUUUUUCGACAAAUGUGUAUUGGUGUUAAAUAUUUACAUGAUCAUUCAAUAACACAUCGUGAUUUAAAACCAGAAAAUAUUCUUUUAACAUCACCAGAGACAAAUGAAACAUUAAUUAAAAUAACUGAUUUUGGUUUAUCAAGACUUAUUAAUGAAACAAGUUUAAUGAAAACAUUUUGUGGUACACCAAAUUAUCUUGCUCCGGAAAUUUUAGCAACUCGUGGUGAAGGUAGUUAUACAAAUAAAGUUGAUGUAUGGAGUUUAGGUGUUAUUUUAUAUAUUUGUUUAGUUGGUUAUCCACCAUUUAGUGAAUCACCUGAUUCUCCUCCAUUAAAUGAACAAAUUCUUAGAGGCCUUUAUACAUUUCCCGAUGAAUUUUGGUCUGAAGUUUCUGCAACAGCUAAAGAUCUUAUACGUCAAAUGAUGUGUGUUGAUCCGAAUAAACGAUUAACAAUAGCUGGUGUACUUGAACAUCCAUGGUUAGCAGAUGAUCAUGGCAAUACUGCUCGAAUUGAGAAAAUUAUGUUUUCAUCAUCUCCAACUAUGAAAAGUAUGAAACGUCCUGCAUGUGAUGAAGAUACUGCGAUGGAUGCAGAUGGUACAACACCAUCAACUGAAAGUAAUUCUAAUGGACGAGUAAAACGAGUUAAAUAUUAA